ACACUGCCGUUAGAUUCGAGAACCCAAUUCCGCAACAGUAGCCGUUGAUCCUUGGGAGUGCAUGAAAGAAGAAGAAGAGAGUUUAGAGCUAAAAAUUGUGUGAUCGAAAGAAGACAAAAAAAAGAUGACAAGCAGCGCAUUAUGGCUUUGAUCAACUUUUUCAGUAAGCAAUCCCAUCUGGAUUAGAUUCACAUUUUUUUUUAGGCGCUAGUCCAAACAGUACCUAAACACAUGCCAAACACAGAAACGAUAUCAUCGGAGAGAGAGAAGAGAGAUUGUAAGAGUAGUAUUUGGACUGAGCUCUCCUUUGGAUCUCUGCGUUGCUUUUGUGCAAUUUAGUCUAAAUCCGCGCUAUCUCUUCGUGUUCUAUCUCUCUGCAAAUGCGUGUUUAAGGUGAUUAGGGAGUGUUUUAGUUCUUGAUUUGGGCAACAAUGGCGGGAGAAUUUGAAGAACCGUAUGGCAUUAGCUUUCAGACAGAUUCUUUGCACUCUGGCUCCAUAUCAUUUGGAAGAUUUGAAAGUGAAGACUUGUCUUGGGAAAGGAGGUCAUCUUUCUCUCACAAUAGAUAUCUUGACGAGGUUGAGAAAUACUCAAAACCAGGUUCAGUUAUUCAGAAGAAAGCUUAUUUUGAAGCCCAUUUCAAGAAAAAGGGUAUGCAGCUACCAGGUUCUCUUGAGGGCCAAAAUGGGAUAGAAUACCAUGGUAAAAAUGCUGUCUUUGAAAAUGUGGGCCACAAAGAAGACGAUGAUAAUGCAAAUGGAAGUAGCAAUUAUCCUCAGUCUGAGGAGGUUGCACAUAAGAAUGUGGAAUAUACAAAAUUUAAUGAUGGAUAUACAAGAAGUCAAUUUGAUCAUGCAAAUAGUAGCAGGCAAUAUGCUCACUUUGGCGAGAGCCCUGAAGGUUCAGAAUAUCAUGGAGAGUAUGAGGUGAUGGUAGGUGAAAGAGAAGAUCCUGAACUUUUAUCUUCUGAAUCUCAGAUGGAAGCUGCUUUGGCCAAUGCUAAUGUUUUGGUAGAAGGUGUCUUUGAAGACAUUAAACCUCUGGAAGCACAUCAAACCGAAACUGGAUCUGACAAUAAUGACAGACAAGAAAUAGUAACAAAAGAGAACCUUAAUGACAAUGCUGCUAAAGUGGACAGGUCAUCUAGGCCUAUUGACCCUUCUCUAAACUGUGGAACAAUUGGGAGUGAUAAAACUACUGCAGUACAUCAGCAAAAUCUUUCUCCAAAGGUGGGAGCUCCAAUGGAGGGUAAAUGUGGCAAGCCCGGAUUGAAGUCCCAGGCUAAUACCAGUGAAGUCCACAAAAGAAAUCAUAAUGAUACAUCAAAAACAACUACGAAGAAGCUAAAUAGGAGGGAAAGAGAGAGUUCGCAAAGAAUGAAAUCAGAAAAGAACUCACCACAAGCUGCCAUUCCAACCAGAUGCAUGCUGCUCAGAACUCUGAAAGGAGAGGAUUCUGAAAUUUGUAAUUCAAGAUCAAAUCUUGCAAAUAAAAGUGACAGAGAACCAAAGAUAAAGAAAGUAGUUGAAUCUGAAAGCUCUGGAUCAAAGAAAGUUGAACCUAGAACACGUCAGAGCGCUAACAGAUUUAAGCAGACUGUUAGCUCAGAUAAGCCAGACACAAGGACAAGCACUGCAGCUUUCAAUUUCAGAAGUGAUGAACGAGCAGAAAGGAGGAAAGAGUUCUAUACGAAGUUAGAAGAAAAAAUGCAUGCUAAGGAGGCUGAGAUGAAUCAGGUUCAAGCAAAAACACAAGAAAAGACAGAGGCUGAGAUUAAACAAUUCCGAAAAAGCCUUAAUUUUAAAGCAACACCUAUGCCUUCUUUCUAUCGUGCUGCUACACCACCAGACGCCAAUGGAAACAAGGCAACGUCAUCUAAAGCCAAACCAGCUAAAAUACAACAGAAGUCAACGAGUCCGGAUGAUGGAGCUGCUUCAAGUUCUCCAUUGCUUUCUAAGUCUAGAAAUAACCAUGGUGUCUCUGGUGUUAAACCUGUAAAAACAGCCGAUCUACCUGAAUCAUCGAGGCUAACUAAUUGCCAUGCAAUAGAGAUUUCUGAAGCUGGUGAAACUCUACCAACAAACAGCGGCAACCUCCCAGAAGCUGUAGUGAAAAAUAGUGAUGCUGGCAAGGAUUCAGAUAAGGUAAAGGAUAGCAAUUUGCAAAGAAAGUGUCAGAGAAUGUUAGUGUCAAAAAACCUGAGUGUUGAGGGCAAGCCAAAAAUGGGAAACCGAAGAAAUAGCAGUGAGAUGAUGAGGAAAAGUGUCAAGGGUGUUGGAAUUGGCAGCGGUUCUGGAAUGGGUAGUGUAGCUGUUGGUGUAGCCUCCUGAACCAAGUUAUGUUCUCCAUUGGGUGAAAAAAUGCUAUCUCAGUUGCCUGUGAUGAUGAUAUUUGCGUGCAUGCUGCUGUAUGAAUAGAAGUGCAAAGACAAUGGUGGUCGUAUCAGGCAAUGUCCCACGAAUGCCUUGUGAGCACCACAAAAAUCACAACGCAUUACAAUUGACUGUGAGGAGAUAACAUUUCCCUUGUGCCAUUGCUUAACAUGUGCGCAGCAGGUACUAUACCGUGUAGCUGGAAUAGGUAAUAAUGAUUGUUGGUGGCUUGAUCGCAGAGAAUGCUUGAAAUUGCAAAUUGUCUAGGGUAGCUGUGGCUUUUGCUGUUGUUUUGGUAGAAAUUGGUGUUGUAAAGGAAAUUCACAAAUAUAAAUAAGUUUGAAACAGGCAAUUAUGGAAUUAAGUAAUAUUUGUGUUUGUUCAAA